UAUUUAAAAAAUUACUUGCUUAGCGAUAUCCGGGAAGGGACCGACCGCAUCGUCGCGCCACUCCGCUGCUCUGAGCCACUGUCACUAGUUUUCGAUGCAGUCGAGCUGCGUACGCGUCGUAGGUCGCUUCGCGCGCACGCGCGUUCGGUCUCAUGCACCUACAUUUUGAUAGUUGAUAACAUUAAGAAAGCGCGCAAACUGUAAAUUUAAAUGAGAAUAACCUAAUUAAAGUGCCUUUUAUUCAUGUGAAUGAUGGAUAUUACGAAGAGGUGAUAUUUGUGGUGCCAGUUAUUUUUUAGUUACUUACAUACCAUGAGCGGGAGGGAAGGCGGAAAUGCAGUUCCCUCUUCGAGUGCAGGGGGCGCGAGCGGCGCGGCCGGCGUGAUAGGGGUGACCCGGCGCGGCCGCUGCAAGUGGUUCAACGUGGCCAAGGGCUGGGGGUUCAUCACCCCUGACGAUGGCGGCCAAGACGUCUUCGUUCAUCAGAGCGUCAUCCAAAUGCACGGCUUCCGAUCGCUGGGCGACGAAGAGGAGGUGGAGUUCGAGUGCAAGGAGUCCGACAAGGGGCUGGAGGCGACGCGCGUGUCCGGGCCCUCCGCCGUCGACUGCCAGGGCUCGCAUCGCCGUCCGCUCUCCAAGAAGCGCUUCAGGAAGAUUCGCUGCUACAAUUGUGGUGAGUUCGCCAACCACAUAGCCGCCAAGUGCAGCAUCGGGCCGCAACCAAAGAGAUGUCACAACUGCAAGAGCGAAGAUCACCUCAUUGCCGACUGCCCAGUGAAGGUUGAGAAAAAGGAUGAUCCGCAAUCGAAGAGUUCAGGCAGCUCCCAGGGGAGUCAGCAGGGGAGCCCGCAGCAGUCAUAACUCCUUCAUUUGAAUACAUCCACCUUAUUCACGGCUGGCAACAUUUUAUCAUUUACUUGUUAAGCGCAUUUACUUUUACGCCGAAAGUACAAAAUGUAACGAUAAGAGUUCCCGAUAACGUAAACUAAUGCAUUUACCAGUUCUUUAAUGUAAACACAACUACCUCAUUUACUUAAUAUACCUCUAGAUACAGUAUCAACUAGAAUUACAACAAGACUGAUCAGUACAAAUCCAUAAUGUAGUACAAAAAUUAUACAUAUUUUUAUUGAUAGAAUCUUUAUUACCUAAGUUUGCAAAUGUAACGUAAGUACAAAUUUUAUGUGUUCGAGUGUCAAUAUCUUAAUUGAUUUACUUUAUAUUGUAUUUACCCAAAGUUAAGUGUGUGUUUAUAUCACUAUUAUUAAUUUGUUGCUAUAUUAUAAUAUUAUGACAAACUUUAUGUUAGAAUUUUAGGUCGUAGCCGUAAAAUAGAUUUAGAAGUAUUAGAAUGGCUAUGAAAAUAUUUUAUGAACUUCGAAUAAUUUAUAAAUACGUAAAAAUAACUUGAUUUUACAGUUUUCAUGAAAUCCGUUUUCUACAUUUUCUACCAUACUAUUUCAGAACCAGAAUAUUGGAGAAACUUAUAACUAUUAUUAUCAUAAUAACAACAAAUAAGAAAAAUAAUGAAGUACUUUUUACAAUCUAAUAUCAAUUUACCUAUCUAACAAUAAGCCAAUGUUAUAAUAACAGAAAUGUUUUGAUAGGUAUAAUUUUAAAUAUCAUAGUUUUAUUGUAAUCUUUCACACUGUUAAAUUAUGAAAACGUGCCAAAGCAAACAUUAUUGCAAUAAUAAUUACUAAGUAUAAAAUACAAAGAAGUAAACUCAUAGUGUCCUGAAGUAUAGCAGAUAAAGUUGUAAGAACGCCGCCUUUAAUCAGAGCAUUACAAUCAGAAAUAGUUUUAAGUUGCUGAUUUUAAAGUACAAAACUACAAUUGUUAUACUAAUACUGUACAAUGAAUGACUGCAUUAUUGAGACUUUUGUUUGCUCAAAGUACUAAUCAUAGGUUUGUGAAAUUCGUUUAUGUUGCGUAAUUAGACAUUGGCACUGCAGUCGUGAACAAUUUUCUUUAAGUUUAAGAUGUGGUAUAAUUAACUUUUGCAAUAGUUACAAGUUUUAUUAUUAAGUGUGUAAACUAGUGGGAGAUUGGCUUAGUUUUGUGUUCAAUAUUACAAGUGCCAACAACAAUGCUAAAAGGGAAAUAAUUAAGCGAAUCAAUUUAUCAAAUGCAUACGACAAAGUAACAUACGUACAACUUAUGGGUGCAACUAACAUAUUCACUAUACAAAAUGUAUUUUCGUAUUUGUUACUAAUCACCCAAUUAACUAAUGAGUUAAACAAACAUUAUUAGAUUCAACUUUUAAUGUCUGUUGUAGUUGUCUAGAUACCUCUUAAUUAUUUGAAUUUAUAUUUAAUUUGGCGACACUUUCAACUUCAUAAUACCUAAUAACGUCCAGGCACAUUUUGAUCCCACUACACUAGACCUGCUUACAGCGCCAUGUACCUUUACUUUUAAUUACUCGUAAUAAUUAAGCUUAUUUACGAGAAGUAUCAAGAAGUACUGGCUUUUCAGAAAGUACGUGAUUUUUUUGCAGUUUUUCCAAUUCCAAUCAUAACACUAGUUUAGUUUGAAGUCACACCAUUAAGUGUUCUAACAUUUUAGUUUGAGGAGUCUGUAAUGUUUUAGUUAGAUGAUAAUUUAUAGUAUAGUUUAAACUACCCAUCGAUGUAAUCACUUUAUACCACAUUAUAACAGGCUGGAAUGUUUCAAGGGAGCUUUAAGUAUGUAGGUCGCAACAGAUAGAUGUUUACACAUUCUUUGUCAGCUGUCGACAAUCAUAGUUAAGAAUAUCAUCACAUAGAAGGUGUAUUACCAGUAACUUUAAUAUAUUACGGGUUUUUUGCGUUUUCAAUUACAAUUAGAAUGUAGUUUUAUUGUAAUUAUUUAUAAUUAAGAUUUUAAAUGAAAGACUAUUGGAAACAUCUACCUCAUAAUUUAAUAUCGUUAAAUAGAGUUUAUUCUUAAGUUAAUUAACAUUUUACAAAUUCUAGCAAUUAUAUUUUUCAAACUAUCUUUGCUAAAUGCCGAAUUUCUUGAGGAAUGUAUUUCGUUUAGAGUUUAAUUUUUGUUUUUUUAUUAUUCAAGAAAAAUAAACAGUAAAAGUAAACCGCGUUUUUCUAAUAGGUACGACAUUUACUUAUGAUUAUUCCAACGUUAGU